AUGGCGCAAGACCGACCCCCUGACGCAUUUCGCGCCCAGUGGUUGGCGGAUAAAUGGGAGAAAGAACGAAAUGCUCAAACAGAUAAUUGUUCCGACACACGCAAUCCAUCACAAGCUCCGGACACCGACGAAGACUCCGUCAAGCGUUCCAAGUCCUUUCAUAUCCAAUAUCGCGUGUAUGCUUUACCCCGUACCCCAUGCUUACCCCAGCAUCAAAGAAAUCCACCCAAGGCAACCGCAGAUCCCAGCGCCGCGAAGUCGCUACAAGCGAACAUACCCAACCACAAGCCCAAAAAGCGGCACCCAGAGCCACCAUGCAAGCAGCUCAACUCGGACGACGACACAAACGGCACCUAG